AUGCCCCCGCCUACAAGCGCCAGCGGCGCCACAGUCGCCGCGGUCUCCGUUACAACGACGCGCCUUUUAAUCACCUACCACCCACACGACCUGCCGCCCGGCGGCGAUCCGCUCGUAGUGAGCAGCCCAGCGCCUCUUUAUAAGUACUCUCGAUACGAGCCAGCAGGGCUCUCCUUCCACGAAGCUGCGAAACGACUGGCGGGAUUCCACGCGGCGGGGGAGGAAGAUGCGGAGGAAGUGGACGAGGGAAAGGGCGAGAAGGUGAAGGACUCAGUCGAUUCGUCGGCAGAUGCAGCACUGCGCUUCCACCCGGACCCGGACAAGCAGGCCGCAAUGCUGCUGGAGGAGCAAAGAGGCGAGACGAGAGCAGCAAUGAAGGGAGAAAUCGAGACCAAGUUGAAGGCCAUUCAGCUGGCUGCACGAGAUGCGGCACUCCGCUUCCACCCGGACAAGCAGGCGGCAAUGCUGCUGGAAGAGCAAACAGAUGAGGCGCGGGCAGCCAAAAAAGAAGAGAUCGAGACCAAGUUCAAGGCGAUCCAGCUUGCCUACGAGACCCUCUCAGACCCCGCCAAGCGCCGAGUCAAGCAAAGAAAACAGCAGCAGCAGCAGCAGGAGAGGAAGGGAGAGGAGUGGGAGACUCCAGUAACAGAAGAGGAGUUGGAGAGUCUGGGGCAGGCCUUGGAGCUGGAGAAGCUGCGAGCGCUCUGUGACAAGCUGGAAUCCUUGUCCGCUUCUGCUGGUUCUGAUGCUGCUGCUGGCACUGCAGCAGUGAAGCGGCAAACCCUCCGACUGUUCUCCACCGCUCUGAAAGUCAACCGGUGGGACGGGCACAGUCCGGACUUUGAGUACCAGCAAAUCCCCGUGGUUCUGUCGGAAUCUGCGGCAGCGGCGGCGGCGGCAGCAGCAGCGGAGCGAGAGGCGGAGGCUGAGAAAGAGAGAGAGGCGAGAAGGGCGGCAGGGGGGAGUGGGAAGCCGUGGACGCGGGAGGAGAUAGAGCUGCUGAGGAAGGCGGUGGGGAAGUUUCCCAAGGGGACGGGGCAGCGGUGGGAGGUGAUAGGGGAGUAUUUAGGCACGGGGCGAUCGGCAGAGGAGGUGGUGCGGGCGACCAAGACGGUGCUGCUGCAGAAGCCAGACGACACCAAGGCGUUUGACAGCUUCCUGCAGCGUCGCAAGAACCCCAAGGACAUUGCCUCGCCUCUCUCCACUCGUGAAGAAGUUGAUGCUGCCGCUGCUGCUCCUGCUGCUGCUGCUGCUGCCGCUGCUGCUGCUCCUGCAGGCGCACAGGAGGGGGAGUCAGCAGGCGCUGCGAAUGGUGUGGCUGCCGAGGCAGGUGCAGCCGGGGCAGGUGCUGCUGGUGCGGGUGCAUCUGCAGGGGCAGAAGGGGCAGUGGAUGUGUGGGGCGAGGCACAGGAGGUGGCGCUGGUGAAGGCACUGAAAGCCUUCCCCAAGGACACUGAUAAGAGGUGGGACCGCAUAGCAGCAGCAGUGCCGGGCAAGAGCAAGGCGCAGUGCUUCAAGAAGUUCAGCGAGCUCAGGCAGAGCUUCCGAACCAAGAAGAGUGGUGCGGCGGAGUAG